AGUAAGCCCAGAACCGAAUUGCAGUACGUAGUGAGAUUUAGCUGAGCUUUGAUAUUAGAAGAAACGCGUAGUCUGUUUUAGAAUAACAAAAAUGACCACUCCUUCAGAACAAGUAACGUCCAAGCGUUUAAAUUUGGAAAAAGCCACGAAUUUCAUGAGGCAAUUUCGCGAUCCACAAUCGAGAGAAUUGAAAAAAUUAUCGGCCAAUCAGUUUAUGGAAGUUUGGAGUCAUUACGAUAAAGAUGGAAACGGUUACAUCGAGGGCGUAGAAUUGGAUGGGUUUUUGAGAGAAUUCGUAUCAAGUGCCAAUGUGUCAGACGUAGGACCAGAAGUAGUUUCUGACGAAAUGUUGGUAGAACUGAAAUCGUGCUUUAUGGAAGCGUACGACGACAAUCAAGAUGGAAAAAUUGAUAUUAGAGAGCUUGCUCAACUUCUACCGAUGGAGGAGAAUUUCCUGCUAUUGUUUCGGUUCGACAAUCCCUUAGAAUCGAGCGUCGAAUUUAUGAAGAUUUGGAGGGAAUACGAUUCUGACGGAAGCGGAUACAUCGAGGCGGACGAACUCAAAAAUUUCCUACGAGAUCUCCUGAAAGAGGCCAAAAGAAACGACGUUUCAGAAGAUAAAUUGAUCGAAUACACCGAUACAAUGUUGCAAAUUUUCGACUUCAAUAAAGAUGGACGGCUCCAGUUGUCGGAAAUGGCAAAGUUGCUUCCUGUCAAGGAGAACUUCCUUUGCAGACAGGUAUUCAAGGGAGCCACGAAACUCACCCGAAUCGAUAUCGAAAAAGUUUUUGCACUCUACGAUAGGGAUAAUAAUGGGACUAUAGAAAAUGAGGAACUGCGCGGAUUUCUCAAAGAUCUUCUGGAACUAGUUAAAAAGGAUUACGACGCUCAAGAUCUACAGGAAUUCGAGGAAACCAUACUACGAGGUGUUGAUUACAGCCAAGAUGGGAAAGUGAACAAAAAGGAAUUAACGAUGAUUCUUUUGGCGAUUGCUAAACAUAACCAAGAAGAAGAAUCGACAUCUACAUCCUCCAAAUAAAUAAGGAGUUAUUUGAUUCACGUUUUCGAAUUAAUAUAAUUUUUGCCAAUGUGUAAUGUUGAUCAAGUAGCAUAAAGUUCUUUUGGCGUUUAGGGUACGCGAAAAUUAAUAAAUUUUGAGAUUUUUUAAACAAAUAAUUGAAAUUUAACAGGAAAUUUCGUAAAUUUGUACUUUUUUCUGUGAGAACGUACGCUCCAAAUUAACCUUCGAAUAUAUUAAUUAAAGUUCCAAUUAUUUUUAUCGUAAAAACUACGAAAAAAUCGUCGAAAUAAAAACGUUACUCUAAACGACAAUAGGAAAAAAAAUAUAUUGUAUAUUUAGGGUUAUACAUGUGACACCAAUUUCAAGACUAAUGAUUUUAUCGUGAAAAAAAAACUUAAUCAAUUUGUCUGCUUUGCAUAUCGUAAAUCUAAUAAAAAAAAUAAUAUAUUUUAAAAAUAUUUUACUCGAAGAACACUUGUGGAAACAAAUAAUGGAAUUUUAUGCACAUAACUCAAAACCAAUAAUUAAAAACGCUUCUUAACUUGUUCAAAUAUUCAUAAUACACCCUGUAUAUUGGUAUAAUUCGUAUUAUUAAGCGGUAUCGAUUAGAAAAAUCGAUUCUAUUGCAGAUGAAUAUGAAGUAGAUUGUCUAAAAGAAGAAAUCGAUUAUAAAAAUCGAUUCUAUCGAAAGAUCGUAGAUGAAUAUGAAGUAGAUUCACUAAAAGAAGAAAUCGAUUACAAAAAUCGAUACUCUCAAUCAAUUGUAGAUGAAUAUGAAUUACAAAAAUCGAUAAUUUCAAUCAAUUGUAGAUGAAUAUGAAGUAGAUUCGUUAAAAAAAGAAGAAUAGACUGUCGAUUCACUAAGAGAAGAAAUCGAUUACAAAAAUCGAUACUUUCAAUCAAUUAUAGAUGAAUAUGAAGUAGAUUCGUUAAAAAAAGAAGAAUAGACAGUCGAUUCACUAAGAGAAGAAAUCGAUUACAAAAAUCGAUACUUUCAAUCAAUUGUAGAUGAAUAUGAAGUAGAUUCGUUAAAAAAAGAAGAAUAGACAGUCGAUUCACUAAGAGAAGAAAUCGAUUACAAAAAUCGAUACUUUCAAUCAAUUGUAGAUGAAUAUGAAGUAGAUUCGUUAAAAAAAGAAGAAUAGACAGUCGAUUCACUAAGAGAAGAAAUCGAUUACAAAAAUCGAUACUUUCAAUCAAUUGUAGAUGAAUAUGAAGUAGAUUCGUUAAAAAAAGAAGAAUAGACAGUCGAUUCACUAAGAGAAGAAAUCGAUUACAAAAAUCGAUACUUUCAAUCAAUUGUAGAUGAAUAUGAAGUAGAUUCGUUAAAAAAAGAAGAAUAGACAGUCGAAUCACUAAGAGAAGAAAUCGAUUACAAAAAUCGAUACUUUCAAUCAAUUGUAGAUGAAUAUGAAUUACAAAAAUCGAUACUUUCAAUCAAUUACAGAUGAAUAUGAAGUAGAUUCGUUAAAAAAAGAAGAAUAGACAGUCGAUUCACUAAGAGAAGAAAUCGAUUACAAAAAUCGAUACUUUCAAUCAAUUGUAGAUGAAUAUGAAGUAGAUUCGUUAAAAAAAGAAGAAUAGACAGUCGAUUCACUAAGAGAAGAAAUCGAUUACAAAAAUCGAUACUUUCAAUCAAUUGUAGAUGAAUAUGAAGUAGAUUCGUUAAAAAAAGAAGAAUAGACAGUCGAUUCACUAAGAGAAGAAAUCGAUUACAAAAAUGGAUACUUUCAAUCAAUUAUAGAUGAAUAUGAAGUAGAUUCGUUAAAAAAAGAAGAAUAGACAGUCGAAUCACUAAGAGAAGAAAUCGAUUUCAAAAAUCGAUACUUUCAAUCAAUUGUAGAUGAAUAUGAAUUACAAAAAUCGAUACUUUCAAUCAAUUACAGAUGAAUAUGAAGUAGAUUCGUUAAAAAAAGAAGAAUAGACAGUCGAUUUACUAAGAGAAGAAAUCGAUUACAAAAAUGGAUACUUUCAAUCAAUUAUAGAUGAAUAUGAAGUAGAUUCGUUAAAAAAAGAAGAAUAGACAGUCGAAUCACUAAGAGAAGAAAUCGAUUUCAAAAAUCGAUACUUUCAAUCAAUUGUAGAUGAAUAUGAAUUACAAAAAUCGAUACUUUCAAUCAAUUACAGAUGAAUAUGAAGUAGAUUCGUUAAAAAAAGAUGAAUAGACAGUCGAUUCACUAAGAGAAGAAAUCGAUUACAAAAAUCGAUACUCUCAAUCAAUUGUAGAUGAAUAUGAAUUACAAAAAUCGAUAAUUUCAAUCAAUUGUAGAUGAAUAUGAAGUAGAUUCGUUAAAAAAAGAAAAAUAGACAGUCGAUUCACUGAGAGAAGAAAUCGAUUACAAAAAUCGAUACUUUCAAUCAAUUAUAGAUGAAUAUGAAGUAGAUUCGUUAAAAAAAGAAGAAUAGACAGUCGAAUCACUAAGAGAAGAAAUCGAUUACAAAAAUCGAUACUUUCAAUCAAUUGUAGAUGAAUAUGAAGUAGAUUCGUUAAAAAAAGAAGAAUAGACAGUCGAUUCACUAAGAGAAGAAAUCGAUUACAAAAAUCGAUACUUUCAAUCAAUUGUAGAUGAAUAUGAAGUAGAUUCGUUAAAAAAAGAAGAAUAGACAGUCGAUUCACUAAGAGAAGAAAUCGAUUACAAAAAUCGAUACUUUCAAUCAAUUGUAGAUGAAUAUGAAUUACAAAAAUCGAUACUUUCAAUCAAUUGUAGAUGAAUAUGAAGUAGAUUCGUUAAAAAAAGAAGAAUAGACAGUCGAUUCACUAAGAGAAGAAAUCGAUUACAAAAAUCGAUACUCGUCAUAAAGUAUCAAUCGAAAAACGCUGUACAACAACUUAUGCGGGAUUUUAGCUGCCUCUAAGGCCUGUUGGGACUUGUUCUGGUUCUAAUUCCUUUCGGUCGCCAUCUCCAUUUACACUUGUAGCAUUGAGGAUGUCUUCAUCUGAAACUGUAGCUGCGGUAGUAACUUCUUCAUCGACGGUUUCAUAAUCCUGCAGCAUUUGAGUUUCACGACCACUGGGAAGCUCUAGUUGUAGAGCCCAAACCGCUAAGUCUUAAGUAGGUAGUGACCUUAAAAUGGCCAUCUGAUUCGACGAAUUUCAUUAAAAGCCUUCUUCAGUGUGACACUUUGAAGAAUUUGUUGGAGGAUUCUUGCGGUGUUGGUUGGUAAGCAUGUUGUCGAGAUCAGUCAUCGCAGGAUGUGCAGGAUGCAUGUUUAACAAAUUAUCGUGUAAUUUCCUCAUUGGUCGACCUUAGCUCGACCUCUACAGCUUGUCAGGUGAUGAAUAUUUCUACCAGGUGUUGUUUUAGACCUUUUGGGCUGACUACUUUUGGUCUAUCUUCUUUUUUUGUCCAAAAUAGUGGUUCGAUGAAUAUUUUAGCAAGUUAACCUCGUACAGGGUGGUCUUUGAAUGAUUUAUAAGAAUAUUUGUGAGAUACAAGCCGUUAAAGAGGUGGAGGAAAAUCAAUUUGUAGGUUAUGUGUUUUGUAAAGUUUAUUUAAAGUACAUCCUGUAUAAUAUAUACACUAAUCAAUAUUUCUGAAGACUGUUUACUACAUAUCGUAUCUAAUAAAUGUCACGGCAAGCUACACUGAGAAAAAAAAAGUGAGAGUUGUUUCCGCAAAUGUGUCUUUACAUGGAUAAAGUGGAAUUUUCAGAAAUUAUCAAAAAUGGCUAGAAAAUCACGUUUUUUCGUGCGUAUUUUGAAAAAUUUCUGAAGAUUUUCGAAUUUUCUCGAUCCAUAAAUAAAGCUACUUUUAACGCGUGUUGUGGAAAAUUUUCUAUCGUGGAAACGCGGUUGAGCUUCUCGCAAUCAUUACUAAUACGGAAUAUCUUUGAAAUUUCCAUGGAAAACGGUGGUUUUCACGAUUUGAACGCUAGCUGGAGCUGGAAAUAUUGAAGAUAUAACACGAAUAUUUGUGUAUAGAUAAGAUUUUACUAUUUAUAUCGUUAAUAUCUUACGAAAAUUUUAUUUUUUGAAGAUAGUUUUGUUAAAUCGUGCAGAGAAUAUUUCCCGUUCGUUUUUCAAUAAUCGAGUCUCAAUUUGAAUAGAAAAUUUUGUACUGAUUGUAGGGAAAGUUUCAAUAGUCGCAAGACCGGUGUAAAAUUGAGUCCGAAUUUGUUCUUUGUGAGCUCAAUUUAUUAACUGAAACGGUCAAAAAUGAAGUAGAACAUUAAGUGACUCAGAUGAAGAAACAUAAGGACGAAAAAGCUUGCAAAAUAUAUUUCUUAAACAUUUUGUCAGGUCCUCCUUGUAUGUUUGAUCUUUUUUUAAAUACAGAAUUUUAUCCUUAUCAUUUCCUCCCUUUCUCAUAACAUUUUUGACUAUUUUACUGCUUUUAAGAUAUAUUUUGAGCAUUUUCUUGCCCCCCCGGAUUGUUUUUGACUAAUUUCUGGUCUUUUCGUAAUAUAUUUUUGUAAAAUUUUCUUGCCUCUCACCAUUUUAUUGACCUUGACUUUUUACGGAGAUUUUCUACUAUUUUAGAAGCUUUCUAGAUUUUAUUUUCUACUAUUUUCAUGGCUCCAACAUUUUUUCAACUAUUUUUUUGCCUUUUAAUGAUAUAUUUUUACUAUUUUCGUGCUUCCAGGACUCAUUUUUCAAUAUUUUCUUGCUUUUGUAUAUUUCUUAAGAAUUUUCUUGCUUGCCAUGAUUUUAUUGCCCCUUUUCUUACCUUUUUAUUAUAUAUCUGACUAUUUACUUGCCUCCAACACAUCUUUAACUAUUUUCUUGCCUUUUAAUGAUAUAGUUUGACUUUUUUCUUGCCUUUUAAUAAUAUAUUUUGACUAUUUUCGUGCUUCCAGGACUCAUUUUUCAAUAUUUUCUUGCUUUUGUAUAUUUCUUAAGAAUUUUCUUGCUUGCCAUGAUUUUAUUGCCCCUUUUCUUACCUUUUUAUUAUAUAUCUGACUAUUUACUUGCCUCCAACACAUCUUUAACUAUUUUCUUGCCUUUUAAUGAUAUAGUUUGACUUUUUUCUUGCCUUUUAAUAAUAUAUUUUGACUAUUUUCGUGCUUCCAGGACUCAUUUUUCAAUAUUUUCUUGCUUUUGUAUAUUUCUUAAGAAUUUUCUUGCUUGCCAUGAUUUUAUUGCCCCUUUUCUUACCUUUUUAUUAUAUAUCUGACUAUUUACUUGCCUCCAACACAUCUUUAACUAUUUUCUUGCCUUUUAAUGAUAUAGUUUGACUUUUUUCUUGCCUUUUAAUAAUAUAUUUUGACUAUUUUCGUGCUUCCAGGACUCAUUUUUAAAUAUUUUCUUGCUUUUGUAUAUUUAUUUAUGAUAUUUCUGAUUAUUUACUUGCAUCCAACACUUUAACUAUUUUUUUGCCUUUUAAUGAUAUAUUUUGACUUUUUUCUUGCCUUUUAAUGAUAUAUUUUUACUAUUUUCGUGC